GGAUUAAAGCUUGUGUCUACUGAACUGUGAGCUGGAGAGUUGUUCCCUCCCUUCCUGCUGAGUGGUGCAGGUGUUUGGGUAAACAUGGGGAAAGAGGACUACCUAGGCAGAAUGGUACUUCAGCGGUCUUGAAGGACUGAGGGUGCAUCUCGUUCGUUCAAAACCCUUUAAUCUCUACCGUGUACCAAGUAGAAUGUUAAGAUACCAACUAGGGUUUAAAGCAAUACAUACCUAAAAUCCCAGCAGGAUUGUGAGUUCAAGGCCAGAUUGAAGUACUUAGUGAGACCCUGUCUCAAAAGCAGCAGCAAUAAAGUUGAACCAGGUGGCCUCUGCUUCCCCGGAAUACAAAGUCAGGUAGGGAAGGAGACAGUGAUAGAAAGUCAUAAACAGGGCUGGUUACCAGGGGGCUAAAGCCUCUUGCUGUGCAAGCCAAAUGACUUGGUUGGAUCCCUGGAACCAUGCAAAAGCUGGAAGAACCAGUUUCACAAACGGUGUUCUCUAACCUCCACACGCACACCGUGGCACACGCACACACAUAGUCAUCUUUAAGUCAUAGUGCUCUGAUGAAAGAACUAACGUGAGUUAGCUUGGGUUCCAGGAAACGCCAAUGAAAAUGACAUCGUAGCUGAGAUAUGGAGGGAAAGAGACCCAUCUGGUGAUCUGGAAAUGAAGUGUGUAAAAAGCAGUAUGUAAAUGCUGAGAGGCAGAGCACAUCUGGCUUAUAAACACAAGAGAAAGGAACUGCUGUGGCUGGGACAGGUAACAGAAGCAAGAAGUAGCAACUGGAUAUAUUUAACGGGAAAGGAAGAAGUACAUUUGUAGGACUGUAGAUAAUCUGUAGAUAAAGUGCCCCAUAUUUACUAAGAAACCAAAAGAAAAUUGAGUUGUUUUUCCUGCCAAGAUACAACUCACAUAUACAAAUUGCCCUUUUUGUUGUUCCUGGUGGUAGGCCCUCUGUGUAGUCCAGGCUGAUCUUGUGGUAUACCUGCUUUCAGCUUUCAAGUGCUAAUACAGGUAUGUGCUGCCAUGUUCAGCCAACUUACCCAUUUUAUGUAUGUUAGGCUUUUAGUUAGCUCUCUGCUUACUGUUUUUGAGACAGCGUUUCGUGUGUCGCAGGCUGGCCCCAAACUAGCUAGCCUCUACCUCUCAAGUGCUAGGAUUACAGAUGUGUGUAACUAUACCAGAUGUUAUGGAGUGCUGGAGAUCUAACCCAGGGUUUUGUACAUCUUCCAUCAACCAAUAAACCCAGUGGAUUUUAAUAUACUUAGAGUUUGUGUAAGCACACAUUUAGAACGUAGACCCCUUCCUACGCACACUGCCGCAUGCGCAUGCCAGGUUUUGUUUAUUCGCUAAUGGAAAUUUGUGUUUUGAUCUUUUGGUAAUUAUAGAUGCUACUUUGGGUGUUUACAUAUAGGUGUUUUGGUUUUUGGAGACAGGGUUUCUCUGUGUAGCCCUGGCUAUCCUAGAACUCGCUCUGUAGAGCAGGCUGACUUCAAGCUCACAGAGAUCCACCUGUCUGCCUCUUAAGUGCUGGGAUUAAAGUUGUUCACCACCACCUGGCACAUACAGGUUUUUAUUUAGAUGUAUUUUUAUCUUGGUGUGUAGUUUCUCUAGUUUCUCUUUGUUUCUCACUGUGAUAAAGUGCUCUGGUAAAAACAUCUAAAGGAGAAAGGUUAUUUAGCAAACAAUUUCAGUUCACAGUCCAUCGUGGCCCGAAAGUCACAGCAGUGAGAACAGGAGAGACGGCUCAGUAGUUCAGAGCACGUACGGCUCUUGUAGAAGACUAGAGUUCAUUUCCCAGCCCCCACAGCAGGGGAACUGCAGCCUUACAUAACUCCAGCUCCAUCAGAAUCCGACACACCAACCUCCAUGAGGCACAUACUCACACACAAACACAUAUAACUAAAAAUAAACUAAAAAAAAAAAUUUGAAGCAGUUUUUUUUUGUAGCGUUCGCAUUACCUCUGUAAUCAGAAGAGAACGAUGAAUGUUAUGUCUGCUUACUAUUGGCCUACUCUCAGUCUGUUCAGGGUCCCCUGCCUAAGGAAUGGUGCCAUCCACGGUGGACGUGUCUCCCCACCUCAGCUAACAUAACCGAGAUAACCCCCACAGGCGCGUCCAGAAGCCCAUUCCCCAGGUGACUUUAGGUUCUGUUGACAGUUACUAUUAAGCAUCACCCCUGGGUAUCUAUGUAGGCGUGGAAUUUCUGGGCAAUACAUCAGCUAAACCUUUUGAGAAGCUGCUGUGCCAUUUCGCAGUUCCGCCUGUGUGACGGCCCCAGUUUCUGCACAUCCUUGCUAGUACUUGUCACCAUCUUUCUUCCUCCGUGUUGCGGGUCUCUGUUGGCACAGGCUGGCCUUGAACAUGUGGUAAUCCUCCCGGAGUCCUGGGCUUACAAGCAAGCAUUCCAGCUAUUGUUUUCUUUGGUGUGCUAGGGACUGAACCCAGAGACUUGUGUAUGCCAGUCCAGUACUCUACUGCUGAGAUACAUCCCUAGUCUGAAUUAGGAUAAUUAAAAUGCCACUUCUAGCACUUCCCAGAUGGCUCAUGACGUUAAGAAUCUUUCCAUGUGUGAUGGCUAUGUGUAUCCUUUUUAGAGAAAUGUCUAGAGGCCACUGUUCAUCUUUAAAUUGCAUUAUUUGAUUAUUAUUAAUUAGAUUUUUUAAUAUGAUGAGUGUUUUUGCUCACAUGUAUGGAUAUGUACCAUAUGUGUGCCUGGUGCCUUUGAGGUCAGAAGAGGGCUUUGGGUCUCUUGGAACUGGUAAGAUUCAGCUAACAGUUUUUUGGUGUGCUACCACCGCCCGGCCAGCUAGUAGUUUUGAGAGCAGUGAUGAAUGCUAUCAACUGGAAUCAGCUAAACACAGAGGAGAAAAAGGUCUUUCUUUUCCAUGCCUCAUGUGCAUGUAUCCAUGUUUCUGUAUGUGUGUGGAAUAAUCCUCCAUCUUUAUUCCACCUUGCUCACUGAAGUUGGGGCUGGUAAUUAAACUCAGAGCUUGACAAUAUGAAUAGUCUAGCUAACCAAGUUUGACUCCAGAAGUGCUAACAAAAAAUAGGCAGAGGCAAGCGGAUCUCUGAGUUCGAGGCCAGCCUGGUCUACAUAAGUUCCACAACAGCCAAAGCUACAUAAUAGAAUAGACCUUACUCAAAAAAAUAAACAAAAGACGGCUUAGUUAGUGGUUAAGAGCAAUUGCAGCACUAAAUGCAUUUGGUACACUAAUAUAUUCAGGUACACAAAACACAUUCACAUAAAUGUGAACACAUUCACACUUUUAAAAAAAGUGUUCCCUGAAUUUGUUUUUCAUGUUUAUGUACACACCGGUCAUCCUCCCAAUUCUCCCAACUCUUAGAACUUCGAUCAAACUUGCCAGCCUUCCACUCUGGAGCCGGCCGGCAGGUGGCGACGAAUCUCCUGCAGGGCGCUCUGUCCGACGUGCGCACCUCUGUGGUGUCAGGCUACAGGCACCGCCGCUGCACUUCCGGGCGCGGAUCCAGGUGAGCCAAGGUCUCCCGAGAACCCUCUGUCACAGCCAUCCCUAGGACAGGUGCCUCAGCUUGCUGCCGAGGUGCCGGGCACCGGAGUGAGCAUGCCCACGUGUUGGCCGGGUUUCCACCGGAGGAGACAGAGCCGCCGGGACUCCUGGAGCCCAGCUUAGCUCAACGGGCUCUAGACCAGGGCUCCUGGGGACGCCGGUCCUCGGUUUUCUGUUGAUCCUGGCCGCCCGGAAGCGGCGCGUGACUCCUCCCUCUCGUCUCCUCCGCCCCCGCCAGGCGGCGCCGUUUACUCAAUCCGGUUUUCCGUGUGGCUGCUUAACAUUGCCACCCUAGCAGUGUUGAGAUAGUCCGAAGGGAUUCAUUGAAAUGAAUUGACAGAGAACCAUCUACCAGCCGUUUGGAAUAGUCUUGCUUCUGGACUGUGGUUUAAUAGCAUUAGAUCUCCUGGUUGUAUAUGCCCAGGUUCUUAUGCUCACGUCCGGAGCCCGAAGCAAUAGGUGUAGUGUGGGUUCCAGGUUGAGAUCCAGAGUCUCUGCAUCUCUCCCUCAGAUGAUAUGACUGGUAAAAACAGCUGGAAUGAGUUGGCUAUGAGUUGCUUAUAUCCUGAAGUUUAUUGCAGAUGCAGAAAGUCUCCGUGCUCCUCUUCUUAGCCUGGGUCUGUUUUCUUUUCUACGCUGGCAUUGCGCUCUUCACAAGUGGCUUCCUUCUCACCCGUUUGGAGCUCACCAACCAAAGCAGCUGCCAAGAGCCCCCCGGCCCUGGUUCCCUACCAUGGGGGAGCCGAGGAAAAUCUGGGGCCUGCUGGAUGCCAUCCCGGUUCUCCAGGGUUGUGUUGGUGCUGAUUGACGCUCUGCGAUUUGACUUUGCCCAGCCUCAGCGCUCACAUGUGCCUGGGGAACGUCCUGUCUCCGUGCCUUUUCUGGGAAAAUUAGGCUCCUUGCAGAGGAUCCUAGAGAAUAAACCCCACCAUGCCCGACUAUACCGAUCUCAGGUGGAUCCCCCCACGACCACCAUGCAGCGUCUCAAAGCUCUCACCACUGGUUCCCUGCCUACCUUUAUUGAUGCUGGCAGUAACUUUGCCAGCCAUGCUAUAGUGGAAGAUAAUCUCAUUAAACAGCUCAACAGUGCAGGAAGGCGUGUUGUUUUCAUGGGAGAUGAUACCUGGAAAGACCUUUUCCCUGGAGCGUUUUCCCAAGCGUUCUUCUUCUCCUCCUUCAAUGUCAGAGACCUACACACAGUGGACAAUGGCAUCCUAGAACAUCUCUAUCCUACCAUGGACAGCGGUGCCUGGGACGUGCUGAUUGCUCACUUCCUGGGCGUGGAUCAUUGUGGUCACAAGCAUGGCCCUCACCACCCUGAAAUGGCCAAGAAACUUAGCCAGAUGGACCAGGUGAUCCAGGAACUUCUGGAACGUCUGGAGAAUGACACACUGCUGGUGGUAGCUGGUGACCAUGGGAUGACCAUGAAUGGGGACCAUGGAGGGGACAGUGAGCUGGAGGUCUCAGCUGCUCUCUUCCUGUACAGCCCCACCCCCCUCUUCCCUACUGUCCCACCGGAGGAGCCAGAGGUUAUUCCUCAAGUCAGCCUUGUGCCCACACUGGCACUGCUGCUAGGCCUGCCCAUCCCAUUUGGGAACAUCGGAGAAGUGAUAACUGAGCUGUUCUCAGGUGGCAAUGACUCCCAUCCUCAGGCCUCUGCUCUGGCCCAAGUCUCAGCUCUCUAUAUCAAUGCCCAGCAGGUGUCCCGAUUUCUUCAUACUUACGCAGCUGCUACUCAGGAUCUCCAGGUUAAAGAGCUUCGUCAGCUGCAGCAGCUCUUCUCCAAGGCCUCUGCUAGCUACCAGCAGCUCCUGCAGGACUCCCAGAAGGCUGAGACGUUGCUGAAGACGUUGACCGCUGAGUUGCAGCGGUUCCUGCGGGGAGCUCGGGCCAUAUGCAUCGAGUCUUGGGCCCGUUUCUCUCUGGUCCGAAUGGCAGGGGGUGCUGCUCUCUUGGCUGCUGCCUGCUUUCUCUGUCUGCUUGCAUCCCAGUUGGCAGUAUCCCCAGGCUUUCCCUUCCGCCCGCUACUGCUAGUACCUGUAGCCUGGGGCCUAACUUGGGCCGUACUGUAUGCUGGACUUGCGGUAACUGCAGGGUCAAAGGUGGAUACAGUGGUUCUAGGGGCUGUAGCUGCAGCAGGGUCAAUCCUCCCUUUUCUGUGGAAAGUGUGGGUUAGCUGGGGGUCCAGUAGGCCCCUGGUACCCCUACUCCCUGUCCCUGGACCUGUUCUCUUGCUCCUGCUCAUUCGCUGGGCCACUUUCUUCUCUGAUAGUUUUGUUGUUGCUGAGGCCAGGGCUACUCCCUUCCUUUUGGGCUCUCUCAUCCUAUUCCUGGUUGCUCAUCUUCACUGGGAGGGCCAGCUACUGCCACCUAAACUGCUUACCAUGUCCCGCCUUGGCUCUUCUGCCCCAACAGGCCCUCCACGGCACAGUGGCACAUAUGCCCUGAGGCUUGGAAUUGGGUUGCUUUUAUGUACAAGGCUAGCUGGGCUUUUCCAUCGCUGCCCUGAAGAGACACCUGCUUGUCACUCCUCUCCCUGGCUGAGUCCUUUGGCAUCUAUGGUGGGCGGUCGAGCCAAGAAUUUGUGGUACGGAGCUUGCGUGGGGGCACUGGUGACUCUGUUAGUAGUUGUGCGCCUGUGGCUUCGCCGCUAUGGUAAUCUCAAGAGUCCUGAGCCGCCUGUGCUCUUCGUGCGCUGGGGGUUGCCCCUCAUGGCACUAGGCACGGCUGCCUACUGGGCGUUGGCAUCAGGGGCAGAUGAAGCCCCACCACGUCUCCGGGCCCUGGUUGCUGGGGCGUCAGACGUGCUGCCUCGGGCUGUGGUAGGACUGGCUGCCUCAGGGCUCGUGCUGCUGCUGUGGAGGCCUGUGACGGUGCUGGUCAAGGUUGGGGCUGGUGCUUCAAGGACCAGGACUAUCCUCACUCCCUUCUCAGGUCCCCCUACUUCUCAGGCUGACCUAGAUUAUGUGGUCCCACAAAUCUACCGCCACAUGCAGGAAGAGUUCCAGGGCCGGCUAGAGAGGACCAAAUCUCAGGGUCCUGUCACUGUAGCCGCGUACCAGCUGGGAAGUGUCUACUCCGCUGCGAUGGUCACAGCCCUCAUCCUUUUGGCCUUCCCGCUUCUGCUGUUGCAUGCAGAGCGUGUCAGCCUCGUGUUCCUGCUCCUGUUUCUGCAGAGCUUCCUUCUCCUGCAUCUGCUUGCUGCUGGGACAUCAGUCACCACCACUGGUCCUUUUAUUGUGCUGUGGCAAGCAGUCUCAGCGUGGGCCCUUCUGGCCACCCAGACCUUCUACUCCACUGGCCACCAGCCUGUCUUUUCAGCCAUCCAUUGGCAUGCAGCGUUCGUGGGAUUCCCAGAGGGUCAUGGCUCUUCUACUUGGUUGCCUGCUUUACUGGUGGGAGCAAACACCUUUGCCUCCCAUAUCCUCUUUGCAGUAGGUUGCCCACUGCUCCUGCUCUGGCCCUUCCUGUGUGAGAGUCAAGGGCCAAGGAAGAGGCAGCAGCUCUCAGGGAGUGAAGCCGAGGGCAGAGUCAGGCCUGAGGAGGAGGAAGAGGAGCCACUGAUGGAGAUGCGCCUCCGGGAUGCUCCACAUCACUUCAAUGCAGCCCUGAUGCAGCUUGGCCUCAAGUACCUCUUUGUCCUUGGAGUUCAGAUUCUAGCCUGUGCCUUGGCAGCUUCCAUCCUCCGAAGGCAUCUCAUGGUCUGGAAGGUGUUUGCCCCAAAGUUCAUUUUUGAAGCCACUGGUUUCAUUGUGAGCAGUGUGGGACUUCUCCUGGGCAUAGCUUUGGUGAUGCGAGUGGAUGGCGCCAUGAGCUCCUGGUUCAGACGAUUAGUUCUGGUUCAGCAGAGGUAGCCCAGGCCUUGCGUGUUGGCAGCUGGCCAUGGAGAGGGCUGAAGAAUCAUCUGGCCUGACCUGCACUGGUGCUGGAUAUUCUGCAGGAGAGACUCAGACACACCUCCUAACCAUCAUGUAACCAGAGACUGCUUACCCUGGGACUUCAUUCUAUAAUUCAGAAUCACUGUGGAGCCUGAGCCCUCGCUCCUUGUUUGGAUGCACCUGAUGGACGACAGGGGUAGUUCCCCAAGUGGAAUCAAAUAGCAGUGUAAAUGUGUGUAUCUAAGAUGUGGAAGAGCUCGCCAAGUCAGCCUCCUCCCACCAAGCACGAUUAGUUAUGUCAUCUUAGGUGGGGUUUGCUGUACCCGAGAACUCUUUGUGAGAAACUGUCUGGGUUCUUCCCAAAUGUUCUAGUCAUCCCAUUUGUCCUGCGUCCUCCUUGUUUGUUUGGUUUUGGUCAUUCUGUGCUUUACCUGAUAGCAGAGAAGACAAGCCCAGCAUCGUGAAACACACAGACGUCUGUGUCUGAAGCCUUAAGCAGCACUGUUUCUUCCUCUGGUUCCUUUCCCUCCCACGGCCGUAGAAAGCCUCUCUCUAGUUUUUAGCCCAUGUCACCUUUAUCACAUCUACCUGCCUAUUGAUUAUUCCCAACUUAAAGCCAAAAUGAAAUGAAUGUAAUGCAUCUUUUUAAAACAAUCUCACUAUGUAUCUGCAGCUUGUAACUCAAUGUGGAGUAGGCUAGCCUUGAAGUCAGAGAGAUCCACCUGCCUCUGCCUGCCAGAAUAAAGGCGUGUGUCAGCACGCCUGCCUAAUGA